AUGCAGAACAACCCCCAGGAGCUUUCAUGGCAGGCGAUUCAGGCUAUCGUCGGGGUUAAACUUCCACCAAAUGUACUACGAUUUGAUGAUAUCGGAUUCCACUUAGUCAACAAUACUGUUUCAAGCGCUGAAGAUUCUGAUUCUGAUGUAGAAAUAGUCGAAAAUGAUUGGGAGUCUGAUAAUAAUGUGUCCUCCAGACCCGAUCAUUCCGACAAUGAAAAAACCACGUCCCCUGAUAGGGAACAAAGUGAGUCACCCGUUUUACGACUCAUAGAACCCGACAAUAACAAUACAGGCAAAGAGACGUUAGAUUAUAGAGAAUAUGUCGAAAAGAUUGAAACUAAAGAUAUUUCUCCUAAGGAACAUAUGACACAAAUCCAAAUCGACGAUGCUGAUAGUUCAAAUGGUAAUGUUAUGUCCAUUGAAAACUACUUGGAGGUCACUUUGUCAACUGACUCUGAGGCUAGUCAUACUUGCAGCCAAUGUAACCAAAUGUUUUCAAACGAAAAUUCUCUGGCUUCACACAAAUGUAGUGCUAAACCCACCGAAGAAAAAAAGUACCCCUGUCAUGUGUGCUCAGAAAAGUUUCCUAGCUCCUGGGAUCUCAGAAAACACCUAAGCAGCCAUUUUCCUGGAAUGCUGGAAUCCAAGUCAAGCUUUUGUCACCUUUGCCAAAAAGACUACACAAAAACAGGAUUCAUGAAUCAUUUACGUAAACAUACGGGUGAGCGUCCAUUUGUAUGUGAACUUUGCCAUAAGGCAUUCUCUCAGUCAAGUUCACUUUCUAUACAUAUGAAAUUCCAUCUUAAUGUAAGAAAGCAUGCUUGUACUGUAUGUGAAAAGAAAUUUGUAACCAAAAGUGAACUAUCACGUCACAUGACAGUGCACACUAAACAAAAGUCUUAUUACUGUGGAGUAUGUGACAAAGCCUUCACUCGCUCAGAUAAUAUGAAGAAACAUGAGAAAACUCAUGGGUAAAAAUGUCCCAGAAUUUUUAACUGUGAACAAUGUCAUAAUAUAACAUGCAAUUGAAUUGCAUUCUCAAAUCAAAAUUAUCAAUAAUGUCUGGUCAAUUCUGUUGCCAAAAACACUGUAGUUAUUACUUUUCAACAAGCUAUAAUUUCUGAUUCUCUUAUUGCCAAAAAAUUAGUUAUAAUAUGUUUGUUAAGAAUAGAACUUUUACAUUGUUUAUACUAAAUUUAAACCUAUCAUGAUCUAGUUCAUAUUUUAGUCAUUAUGGUGUGUUUCUGUGUUUAUGCGAGUGUUUUAUAACACUCAAUGUGUGCUGCUGUAAUUGCUUGCAAUUUUUUUUAUUUAUAUUAUUUUCAACUGUAUGUUUGGGUUAAUACUAGUGAAUUAGUAAAAUGUAUUUGCAGGUGCUUUACAAUAAGGUCACACAUAUCUCAAUCCAAUGUUGCCUUUUAGAUAUGAUAAAGUGAUAUUUUAAUAUAUGGAUAUUUAUGUAGGUGGAAUGUCCAAAGGUCCGAUAGCCUUAUUGUAAUGUUUACAUUAGAUAAAGGGAAAUGUGUUGGUAAUUCAAUUAUGAGGCCUUUGAAAAGAUAUCACUAAUUAUUUUUGUAAGCUUAUUAGUAGGGGUGACCAUUGUGGGUUUUGGGAUUUACUUGAGUAUGAAGGAUGAACAUAAUAUCUGGUAACCUCCUAACUAGUGCCAGUUAUAAAAGAUGUAUGUAAAAAGCUUAAGAUAUUUGCUUUUUUACACUACAGUUGCAUAGAAUUAAUUAGUAAUGUUAUUUCACCAACCUGGGUGGGUUUCACCAAUCUGAAAAUAGUGUCCUGAAUUUUCAUGAUACUGCAUCAUCCUCAGCCAGUAUCAAGACUUAGGCGUUACCAUUAUACUGUAUUGCAGUGUGCACACAAGUUUCAUUAAUGGAACAACUUUUAGGUUCCUAUUCAUACUCAAAAUUAAUAACAUAAGUUGAAUAAUAACAAAACUCCAAAUGGCCAACAGGUCCUUCUAAAAUUCAAGUAAAUACCAAUUUAGCACUAUGGGCUUCCCUACUGCAUAUACAUAUUAUUAUUAUACAUGAGGAAUGGUACUAGACCACCAGUUGAUGAAAACUUUGCCAAAUUUUUAGAUAAGUAUUUCAAGUGAUUUUAAUUACUGUACUGUGUUGUAACCAAAGCAAUAACAUUUUUAAUGUGCCUAUUCUUUAUAAUAAUUAUUAUAGAUACAAGUAUACCAAAUAAUUUAAUUAUUUAGAAUUAAUAGAUUUAAUAAUUGAAACUGUAGGUAACAAGUAAGUUACAAUUUUCCAACUGUGAAUGAAAUAUGAGGAAAUAACUUUGAUUUCCUUUAUGGUCUCCUAAUAUAUUAGUUAAGAUAGUGAACAACAUUAAUGAUACAUAAGUUAAAGGUUUAUGAAAUGAGACCUUUAUUAAACAUCACAAAUGUUUAACAGUGCACAUAUUUAUUUGUAACUGUUUAGGAACAUUAGUUAAUUAGUUUGCUAUUUGAUAGACAAGGUCCUUUGCGAUAAGACUUUUAGACCAAAAUAAGUAACAAAAAUCCCAAAGAAUGUACUGUCAUAUUUUAUGAUUGGCUAUAAAACCAAAGGCUACUAACUUAUUUUGUGCCACUUGGAUUUCAUAUACUGGUUGUAAUAUAAUGCCUUAUUAUAAAGUUAAUUUUAACUAAAGUAGACAAUAAACUAUAUAUAUUAUAUUAUAU